GGUACCUUGGUGUGGGGAGGUGAAGUAGUACUUUUUGCGGGUUAACCUGAAGGAACAUACAUGCGUUUUGGCAGUUGACAGACUGCCGCUGAUAUGGGCCUUUUAGCGCGGAUACGGAAAGAGUGGUUUAUUAUCGGGAUAGUGCUGGUGAUCUCCUCAGCCAGACUCGCACCGUCGGUCGGAGUUAAAGGAGGUCCUCUCAAGCCAGAGAUCACAAUCACCUAUGUUGCUGUAUCUGCUAUUUUCUUCAACAGUGGCUUGUCUUUAAAAACAGAGGAGUUGGCAAGUGCUCUGAUGCAUGUAAAAUUGCAUCUUUUUGUUCAGACGUUUACACUCGUCUUUUUCCCCAUUGCCAUCUGCCUCCUCCUCAAAGUUUUAGCCCUCACACCUAUCAAUGAAUGGCUUCUGAAAGGGUUACAGACAGUGGGCUGCAUGCCCCCUCCUGUGUCCUCUGCUGUCAUCCUUACCAAGGCUGUGGGAGGAAACGAGGCUGCUGCUAUUUUCAACUCGGCAUUCGGAAGCUUCCUGGGUAUAGUUGUUACGCCAAUGCUGCUACUUUUAUUUCUUGGCUCCUCUUCUUCAGUGCCGUUCUCCUCCAUUUUCUCUCAACUCUUCAUGACCGUGGUCGUCCCCCUCAUCGUAGGACAGGUGUGCAGGAGGUUUCUGAGGGACUGGCUGGACCGGCGGAAACCUCCGUUUGGAGCCGUGAGCAGUGUGGUUCUGCUAAUGAUCAUCUACACCACCUUCUGUGACACUUUCUCAAACCCCAACAUUGAGCUGGAUCAUUUCAGCCUCCUCAUCAUCGUCUUCAUCAUUUUCUUAAUUCAGAUCAGUUUUAUGUUACUCACCAUUGGCAUUUCUACCAGGAAAUCUUCAGGUUUCACUGCCGCUGAUUCGGUGGCCAUCAUGUUUUGUUCUACGCACAAAUCCCUGACUUUGGGUAUACCCAUGCUGAAGAUUGUGUUUGAGGGUUAUGAGCACCUCUCCCUCAUCUCUGUGCCUCUGCUCAUAUAUCACCCAGCUCAGAUUCUUCUGGGCAGCGUCCUUGUCCCAACCAUCAAAACCUGGAUGCAAACUAGACAAAAGUCUAGUAUCUUAGUGAGAUAAGGUUGCAUGCCUUUGCCAUCACUACAAGCAAGCCUGUGCUGUGAAAUUGACCAACGUCCAACCCGUUUGAGAAGGACCUGAAAACGUGACCUACAAGGGACUCAGAUGAACCAAACUAAAGUGACUUAAACCAAACAGAACUGAACUGUGCCGAACCAAGCAGAACUGCACUGAGGUGAAGGCUCCGGGCUUUGGCACAACGUUGGCGGAUGUUUUGCCUUCUCUCCUCUCUCUGGUGUAGGGAGGAAACAGUGGAUCUAGUGCCUUAUCACAAUCUCAUGUUACUGCCAUGGGCGUCGGCCGGGACAGGCCCGUCAUUCUACAGGACUGCUCUACAAACUCAAAUGAUUCCAUGAAUAUUUUUAAAGUAUUUGUGAAUGUAUAGCUUUAUUUUUAUAUAUGAAGUGCAUUUGAGACCAUUUUCUGAGCCAUGGCUAUUGACCGUGGAAUUGUGACUAAGAUAAAAGAUUUUGUAUGACAUGAUGAAUUUUUAUUAUUUUCAUUUUCAUUGUUUACUGUUACUUAUCAGUUACCAUUCAAUGUUUCAAAGGUCAUCUUAACUU